GAUAGCAUAUUCAUUGUUUACAAUUUCCACUGAUAAAUUAAUACAAAACACUGAAGUUGUUAAUUCCUUUUUAUAAAAUAUGUCUGUCUAAAAUUCAAACUACUGCAGUUUUGUUAACACAGACGUGAUGUUUUUGUUUUGGAACAGGUCAUCGACAAGAAAUGUUAAUCCUACAGCGAGACGAACACGGGAAUCUCUUGGGGAGGAUUUUGUGCGAAAACUGGAUGCAUUACACAAUGACGCUUUGCGCACAGGCCUAGUAACAACAUCUGAUUUGCAAGAAGCAUAUAGGAAAUCUCGAGAUGCAGACCUUAAUCCGAAUAAAAUUAAUAUGUGGUAUGUGCUAGGCAUAUUGGCGUUCAUAAUGGUAGUAACACCAUUAUUUUAUGAGAUAAUUACGUUUCUUUUGGGAGUGCGUUGCUUUUUGCCCAAUAAUUAUAUUGUUUCGGAGGCAACAAGACCUAUAAGCGACUGCGACUUCUGCAGGGAUGUAACAGGACCUAAGAUACUACAAAAUCUGACGCGAGAAGAGUUUUCACCUUAUGCAUAUUCAUCGCAGCCAAUUAUAAUAAAAAAUGCUGUUGCACACUGGAAGGCUAAGCAACUUUUAAAUUUCGAUUAUCUUAAAGAUUUAUAUGAACGUAUACCCGGUGCAAUGGACGAGAAAUGUCAAUUUCUUAAUUUUCGUUCGGAUUUCAAAUCGUUGCAAGAUGUUUUUGCAAUGCCUAUCGUUCGUUCAAAUUUAAGCAUAGGUCAAACGCCGUGGUACGUGGGUUGGAGCAAUUGCCAUUCAGUUGUAUUAGAAGAGUUGCGUAAACUUUAUCCGCGUCCACAUUUUUUACCUGUUGAUGCCGAAAUGCCAAAUACGGAUUAUAUAUUUAUUGGCUAUGAACAAGGCGAUUUUAUGCAUUUGGAUUAUAUUCCGCGUCUAGUUUGGCAAGCUCAGUUGCAAGGUAAUAAAAGUUGGAUUGUAGCACCGACUCCAGAAUGUGAUCACGUUUGUCAAUCGUUUUCCUUCUAUGUAGAACCCGGUGAUGCAGUAUUGGUUGAUACCAGAAUUUGGUACCAUGGCAGUUCUAUUCCUAACAAAGGACAAUUCGCACUCACCAUUCAAUCGGAGUACGGUUAAACAAUAAAUAUUCAUUCAUAAGAUUCGAUUAGCUAUAGUUAUUUUUUAAUAGUAAUUUUAAAUAAAACGAAGUAAGUACGAUUAUUUUUAUUUCUACACUAACUUUAAAUUACACAGGCCAACAAAAAAUUGUUUGUUUUGCGCUUAUGUCUUAAUUUAUAAUAUCUAGUUAUAUAACACAAAAAAAAAAUUCCAUUAAUAUUUUGUUUAUGUCCAUUUAUAUUUGAAAACAGAAAGUGAAAACUUUAAUUUUUUCCAUGACUUCAUCAGUUUUUCGUGAGUGCACCAGUGAUCACGCGGCCCCAGUAAGUAAUUUUACUACUGCACACUUAACAUUUUUUUCUUUCUUUAUUGCUUUAGACGAAUUAAUUCAGCAAAUUUGAAAAAAAAAAAAAUAUGUCAAGGAAAAAACUUAGUGAUAAAGAGAUAAAUGAAACACUUUGAAUGCUGAUGUCUAUAUAUGCACUAUAUUCGUUCAGUAUAUUGUUGUUUAUUAAAUUGGGUGUUAUUAAAAAAUUGCUUUCAAAUAUAAAUUUGACAAAUUUUUUCCAAAGCUUUGAGGCGCAUAUAAAGAUGCAUAUGUUACAUUAUCAUAAGAGCUUUUUCGGAAGAACAAGGAGAACAUCAAGAAAGACGUUAUCAAGACCAGUAUAGGUAAAUAAGAGAAAGUUCUACAGAACAUGACAGGAAAAGCUAAAUUGUUAAUUUUUAACAUUUGAAGUCUAUUGUAAGAAUGGAUUCUAAAUGGAUGAUCGGUAUCUUUUAAUAAAUUAUUUAUGUAACAUUUUGAAUUUUUCCAUA